AUGAGUGAUCAAAGAAAAUCGCUAUCAGAAUUUGAUGCGCUUGUUUUAGGUUCUUACAAAGAUGGAACACUUACGGAUACUGCAACAAAUGAAAUUCCUGAAAGUAUACGAACAAGCAUUCAAGAGCAAUUACGAUUUUCUGGAUUAAAAGGAAAAUUAGGAGAAAUUAGAAUGUUUUAUGGUCUAGGUGGAAAUGAUGAGAAUAUUCCAAAAAAAAUCGCUGUAGUGUCUUUGGGAAUUAAUAAAGAUUUUGAACAAAGCCGUGUUCCUGAAGCUUUAGAGAUAACACGCAAAGCGGUGGCUGUUGGAAUUCGUUCAUUGCGAGAAUUAGAUGUUAAGCAUGUUGGAGUUGAUGUUAUGUUUCAUGAACAUGGCGCAGCUGAAGGUGCUACUCUGGGUCUUUACAGGUUCGAUAGUUUAAAAUCCAUCAAAAGCCAUAAAGCUCCACCCAAAAUAUCACCAAUUGGUUCAACAUCUACAAAUACCGAUGGUAACUUAUGUUGGAAUACUGGUCUAAUUUAUGCCGAAGCACAAAAUCAUGCUCGAAAAUUGGCAGAAACACCAGCAAAUUAUAUGACACCAACUAACUUUGCCAAUACUGUUAAAUCAUUCUUGGAGGAUUUAUCAAAAGUAGAAGUUUUUAUUCAUGACAAAGAGUGGGCAACCAAACAUAAUAUGGGAUCAUUUCUUUCAGUCUCUAGAGGAUCUGAUGAACCAUUAAAAUUUUUAGAAAUUUGCUAUAAUGGUGGAGAAAAAGGGCAAAGGCCUUUAGCAUUUGUGGGGAAAGGUGUUACCUUUGAUAGUGGUGGUAUUUCUAUUAAACCAUCAGCUAAAAUGGCAGAAAUGAAAGGAGAUAUGGGUGGUGCAGCUGCAGUGGCAUCUGCAAUUUAUGGUAUAGCCAAACUUAGAUUACCAAUAAAUGUUGUUGUUUCAGUUCCGUUAUGUGAAAAUAUGCCGUCAGGACAUGCAACUAAACCUGGUGAUGUCGUUAAGGCCAUGAAUGGCAAAUCAAUUGAGGUUGACAACACAGAUGCAGAAGGACGUCUUAUUUUAGCGGAUGCGCUCUAUUAUACUAGCUCCACUCAUAAACCACACAGUUUGAUAGAUGUUGCUACAUUAACUGGAGCUAUGGUUGUUGCACUCGGAGAAAUUUAUUCAGGCGUGUUUACCAAUUCAAAUAAACUUUGGGAACAAUUAUUAGAAGCAGGAAAAAACGCAAAUGAUCCUUUUUGGCGUAUGCCACUAGAUGAUAAAUAUAAUGAAGAUAUUAAGAAGUCAAUUGUGGCAGAUCUUGUAAAUGUUGGGCAAAAAGGGCUGGGAGGUUCAUGUGUAGCUGCCAUUUUCUUGAAAGAAUUCGUGUGUGGGCUGACAGAUGACUCAGACGUCAGUGAAAAGGAAAAUAGUUCUGAAAGAUUGUUUGAUGUGGAUGCAGAUGAUGAUAAAAAGAUUCGGUAUGCUCAUAUUGAUAUCGCGGGUUCAAUGAUUACAUAUCGGGAUUCAGGAUAUAAUGUCAAGGGCAUGACAGGACGCCCAACUCGAUCUUUGAUAGAAUUUGCUAGAUUAAUUGCCAAAAAUCCUGACUUCGUUUAA